AUGAAGAAGGAAGCUGGUGGUUCUGCUGCUACAUUCAGAAAAGGAGGCCUGACCAUUGUCGACUUGAGUGAUUCCACCAUGAGUGAGACGGAUAUUUGUACGCUGUAUGAACUCUGUUUCUCCAUCUUCCUUUCGCCAACACAAUCUGGUCAUAGUCUGAUUGUUGCCGUUGACGAGGCCCACCAGGUUUCUGACCGAUACUCCCAGGCCAAAAGCUUCACUCAGCAGCUAGUCCGACUGAUUCACGAAGAGCAUCGUCUCGGUGCCCGCGUCCUCAUUGCAACUCAGGAGCCUUCAUGUUUGACUGAGCUGCUAGACCUUUGUGACGUCUCCAUCAUCCAUCGCUUCCGCUCGCCAACAUGGUCCGAGGCGCUCAAGAACCACCUAGCAGGCAUGGUCUGGAGUGGUGGUGCCGAUAGUACCUCGGGCAAGAGAGUUUUCGACACCAUCGUAGGACUCGGGGAUGGUGAAGCAUUGCUGUUCUGCCCCGGCGCAUAUCUUGACGUACCAGUCUCCUUGACCACAGGAAGCAAGGCGGAGGAGAAAGAGUCUGCGAAUUUGGUGAAUCCCAUUAGAAGUCCCCGCAACAAUGAAGCAGGGCCCGACAAGUCAAGUACCAACAGCGCAUGA